CCUCCCAUCCUUAGUUCAUUCAUAAAGAUCCGCAGUCCCUCUCCCGGCCAGCGCCAGGUCUUCUCACGGAUCCGACUUUAUGCCAGCAGCUGCAAAGGGGGGACAGCCCCCUGCGAUAACUGGUUUGGGGGUGGGGGAAAGGCUUAGCUCACCCCACCCACCCUGAUUCAUCUUGAAAGGAGAUGCAGGGCAAAGCGAUACGAUGGCUGGGGUUCUUCGCCGCCCUGAUAGCUACGGGGGCCAACUGGGAAGCAGACCCCCUCUGCCCAGCCAAGUACAAAGUCAACUGUCUGCUCCGUCAACGUCUGGGCUGCGGGCCGGAUGGAGCACCCACCUGUGGCCCUUGCUUCCCCAAUUAUGAGGAGGACUCUAGUGGAAACUGCGUGCAGAAGAAGGUCGCUAAGCAGGAAAGCAAAACAAAAGGCCAGAAGAAGCCCAAAGACCUGCUCGCUCUCAUCCUUUCCCUCUUGGCCAAGCAUGAGAAAGGGCUGAAGCCAUCAGACAUGGAGACCACUUGGCCUGGCAGCAUGGAGGGGUUUGAGCCACCCAGCUCCCCCGCUUCCUUCCCCACCUCUUUCCCCCCAAACGCCUCCUACUCCGUGAGCGGCAGCCCAGCUUCUUCCGAGUCGUAUGAAGACACCCCAGUCUCAGCCACCACGCCCCCCACAAGAGUGAAAGUGGAUUUCAAGCAAAGGUCCCGACCUCCGGCUACAAGUCUGAACAAAGCGGUGUCGCUUACUCUCGUGGUGAUGUGCACAGUGACAGGGGUUUCCGGACUGGUAGUUGCUGCUAUGUGCUGGUACAGGCUACAGAAGGAAGUACACUUGACUCAGAAGAUGGCAUAUGCAGGCAGCCGGGGGAACCAAUACCGAUAUCAUCAGCCCAGCGCAUACAUGGACUCCCGACUAGCUCAGUCAUGCCAAGUUCACCACUAUCAACAUCAGAAGAAACUUCUCACCACAACCAGUGAGGACAGAGAAGCCCCCAAACCAGUAGAGCAGCUCUCCACGGAGUCAGAGACUGAGAACGGAGAUUACACCGUGUACGAGUGUCCGGGACUGGCGCCGAGUGGAGAGAUGGAGAUCCACAACCCACUCUUCGAUACCUCCACACUAAACCGAUGCCCUCCCUAAGCGCCUAUCCUCCCUCCCUCUCUCUCUCUCUCUCUCUCUCUCUCCUUUCUCUUCUCAUCCACAUCUCCAACUCCUGGAUUAAUAGAGAGAUGAUGCAGCUUCAGAGUCAUAAAAAAACAAAAACAACCCACUCCCAUUAGAGGCCAAUUGUCCACCUUUCCUCUUUAAAGAAAGGUAGCUUUGGUAUGACUCACCCGUCACACACACACACACACACACACACCAUCCCACCUUCAUCUUCUGCAAAUGGUUCAAAAGGGGGGAAACCGGCGUUAGGAUCUAUAUUUUUUAGAAAAUAUAGAUCAUCUUCAAAUCCACAUCUAGAGUCUCUGGUAUUUCUGUCUUUGCUAGAAAACCCUUUUUUUCAAGCUCUCCUGAUUCUAUCUACCUGGAAGCAUUUAGCCUAGAAAGCUGUGCAAGCCAGGGGCGAAACGAGGCUUUAUUUCGCUCGGGUCAAAGACCCAGUUUGGCACACCUACACAUUUGUGCGCACACAGAGACUGAGAGCCUGAAAAGCUCCCCUCUGGAGGCUUCAUCCCGGGCAAAAAAACCUGGCUAGCCCUCCUGUAGCUAUGGCUCUGUGUAACACAUACCCUCAUUUGAGUAGAGGCCAUGGACGUCACUUCAUUUCUUUAUAGAGCGUACCAAUUGCUUUUUUCCCUUUACCCAACCCCAAGCGAUGUACAGUGUUAACAGGUCACACUCAGCGAAAUCUGAAGCAAGAGCAUCGGAAUCGUUAUUGCUGCCCAACGUAACGGUGGCAAACAUUACA